AUGAGAUGGCAACCCGCUCCCGGAGCUCCGCUUGUCCCCAAUCCCCUCUCAAUCAAGGAGAGCUGGGACCCACUCUUCUGGCAACCACCGAUGAGUCAGCAAGCCUCAAACCCGAGGUCUACGGGGAAGUCUCCCUCAGCCGAGCAAUCUCCCUCAUCUUGGGAUUGCAAAAUCAAGUCCUCCGGCUCGAGCGGGAACUUGAGGAAACAAAGGAAGCAACCAAGGAAGCUCGAGACUGGAUGGGCGCAGUCGAUCAAGCCAUCACUCGCAUCAAGGCUAGGGGUGGAGCCCCACACACCAGAAGACCGGAAACCUCCGGCAGUCGAGGCCACGCCCAGGCCCUUACCAAAAACCGACACUUUUCCAGCGCCUAGUGCGCCCCUCAUCUCCUGGGCCAACCCAACCAAAGUUCCUCCUGCCUUUGCACAGCCAACUCCCGUCCGGGCUCCCCCGCGAGUCAUUACUCCCCCUCCACCUUUGCCUAUCCGCCUCCGUUCCCCCCAAAUCCCACAGCCAGCGGCCCCUAUGACCACUUAUCAACCCCCAGUCAAGGUAGAUCACCCUGACGCCUACACUGGGAAGAUCGGGAACAAAGCCCGCCAAUGGCUCACGCGGAUGUUGGCAUGGGUACGUCUGAAUCAACGGAUGUUCCCAACCAAUCAGGAGACCCUGUCAUUCCUCCUGAUGAACAUGAAGGACGUGGCAGGAGCCUGGGCUCAUCCUCAUCUUGACCAACUAGGGUCCCAUAGGGCCUUGAUCCAAUCGGUUGAUGAUUUCAGGACGGAGUUUUUAGCUGCAUUCGGCAACCCGGAUGCCACGCGAGCUGCUGAGCGGCAAAUCACCCACCUCACUCAGACAGGAACCUGUGCUGAGUACAUCACAAAGUUCAGGACCAUCGCCAUGGACCUGGACUGGAACAACGCUGCCCUUCGCGGGCAAUUCGCACGUGGCCUCCACUGGGAGGUCAGCCGCCUCAUUGCCACCCGAGAGCGGCGCCCCACCACACUCCUUGAGCUGCAGAACGUGGCUCUGGUCAUUGACAACGCCCUCCGCGAGGAGCGUGCCAGCCACCCGCCGAAGGGUAAUAAGUCUGGUGCCUCUUCCACCACCCCCAACAGGGGGGCGAGUACCGGCCAACCGGCCACAAGACCAGGGCGCCUAUCCAGCGAUCCUAACUUUGUCUCCGAGGAGGAGCGUAACCGCCGCAGGGCUGAAGGCCUCUGCAUCAAAUGCGGGAAAGCAGGGCAUAAGUUUGCGGAGUGCCGCACUGGAUGGAAGGCCACGCCUAAGGAGGAAGGCGUCAAAAAGGAAACCGCCAAAAUUGGCAAAGAAUCUGGACCCGACUCGGGAAAAGACUAA